GCGAUUAUCACGAUGCCUGCACAGAAAGUAGCCCUCAUUACAGCCAGCUCAGCAGGUCUGGGCGCGCAAAUAGCACGCGUUUUUGCACCCGAUUUCCGAGUUGUAAUAAACUACUCCUCCAACCAAAGUCGCGCGCAAACUCUUGCCAACGAACUCUCUUCAAUCCCAACCUCGCACCCGUCGCCAUCCACCCCACGCUUCCACAUCUUGCAAGCCGACGUGUCCUCCAAGGCAUCUGUCCAAAAUCUCGUCGCCGAAACUCUGAAAACCAUGGGGCGGCUCGAUGUGGUUGUUUCGAACGCAGGCUGGACCCGGAUGACCAACUUCCUCAACAUCGAAGAAGGUGUCAACGACGACGACUGGGACAAAUGCUUCGUCAUGAACGUGAAAACGCAUUUAUGGCUGGCCUACGCCGCCAAAGAUGCAUUAGCCGAGACUGAAGGCACAUUCAUCACAACGGCUAGUGUUGCGGGUGUUAAACCAAGUGGAUCAAGUCUUCCAUAUGCGGUCACGAAAGCGGCACAAAUACAUCUUGCAAAGGGUCUAGCCGUUAUCUUAGCACCUAGAAUUCGGGUAAACAGUGUUUCUCCUGGCUUGAUGUUGACGGAGUGGGGCAUGAAGUUCCCGGAGAGUAAGAGAGAGGCUGCUAGGAAUAACACCAAGUUGAAGAGAUUAGCGACUAUUGAGGAUGUUGCUGAUCAGGUGAGGACACUGGCAUUGAGCAGGAGUGUUACCGGCCAGAACUUGUGUAUCGAUGGGGGCAGUUCGUUGUAGAAUCGGUCCAUUUGAAGAGAAAAAGAAACCCCCCAGAACUGCAUACAAUGUGAGAAGAGGUUGUAGGAUGUAGCAGGCAAAGGCAAAGGAUGAUUUGACGAAUGAUAUGAUGCGAGAAGAGAGACCUGGCGGACACUAGAAAUAGAUAGGCUAAGACGUACCUUAAUGUG